AUGGACCGAAUCAAGGAGAAAAUGAACCAGCUCCGGCUGGAGGCCGACGAGUCCAACGCCAAGGUCGAGGAACUCCAGUCCAAGGUCAAGCUACUGGAGCAGGAGAAUCUCAGCAAGGAGCAGGAGAUCACCUCACUUCAGCACAAGAACGGUGUCUUGGAGGGUGAACUGGAGAAGCUCGAGGAGAAUGUCAAGAACCUGAAGAAGAUGGCAGACGAAAAUGUCAGUGCCGGUACCCAGAAUGAGAACCUGGCCCGCAGGCUGCAAUUGCUUGAGGACGAGGCCGAGGAGGCGGACAAGACCCUGCGGGAAGCUAACGAGAAGCUCCGACAAACGGACGUCAAGGCUGGCCACUUCGAGCGCAAAGUACAGGCCCUGGAGGCGGAAAGGGACAGUUGGGAGCAGAAGUACGAGGAAAUGGCCAAGAAGUAUGCUUCGACACAGAAGGAGUUGGAGGAUCUCCUGGCCGAAGUUGGAAACAUCUAA